AUGGAAACAUACCGUGACCAAAUAGGUCCAGAUCCAGCAAAUCGUAAAUUACAUGAUCCACAGUCUAUGAAUUCAAUUUCAGUGCAGCAAGAAAGGGAGUAUGUUUCAGCAGCCUCAGAUAGAGUUAAGGCCACAGUUGAUGAGGAAGUGUGGAGGAUUAGGCAUAUGAGUCCUGAGGAUGCUGUUGCAGCUGCAGCUGAAGCGGUUAAAAUGGCUGAAGCUGCUAUGGCAGAGGCUGAAGAAGCAGAAAAAGAGGCGGUAGAGGCUGAACGUCUUGCAGAAGAAAAACAAUCUAUUGCUGAUGAAUUAGAAAGAAAAUUAAUGGAAAAGAAGGCUAGAGCUGAUGAUUUUAACCAAGCCCCAGCUGAUAAUAUAUAA